GUCAUAAGUUAAGAGCGGAAGAUAUAGAAGUGAUGGGCGCUUCAGAAGUAGCACUCUGAUGUGCAGUAGAGUCAGUCCAAGAAGCUUUAAAGCAAACAGAAGGGGUUAUUUAUGAUAGAUAUAUCAAGGAAAUGGCAAAACCAUACUCGUUAGAGUUUAUAGGCAUCCAUUUAUGUGAACUAGUACUACUAGGGCAAGUAAGAUAUGAUAAGAUAGCCUCGAAAAUGGGGGAUUAUGAGUAUGAGUCUAUUGAAGAACCUAUCAGACCGAAAAUUGAUAGAUGGGUAUCAAGAAACUGACCUGUUCAGAAAGUGGAUAAAAUAGAAUACUCUGAUUUUGAUAUUGAUGAGCUCAAUAUGUUUCAACUAGAUAUUCUUGCAGGAGUCACUCACAGUCAUGAGAAAGGAAACUCUUUCAUCGACGCUUCUACUAUUAGUAAGAAAAGUGGGAAGAACUCUUUAAAAUCCAAAUCAACUAUGAAAUUUAAACAUAAAAAACUGUUCAAAAGGGUUGAAUCUAAGGAAGAAAAGGUAAAUGGAGGUGACCUUGACUUAAAGAAUGAGCCAGCACAUCCUCAAUUUCCUUUAGAAGACCUUGCACCUCCUGAAGUUUCAAUAGAAGAGAAACGUUUGAGGGAUAGAAAGGAUAAACAAGAGGUAAAUCAACUUAAAUAAGGAACAAGAAUUAGCAGAGAGAAAGAAAAGAGAACAAGAGCUUAAAUAAGGCUCUUCAAAGAUCUGAACACACAACUGAUUUUAAGAACAAGAAGAUAACCUAUGACCAUCAUGGGAAAGUACUUAUGAUCAAGAAAGUUCCUGAGAAUAGACUUGUCAAGAAAGUUGAACCAGGAAUCAUCAUUGAUCCUGAAAAUCAAAGCGAUAAGAAGCAUAAGAAAACCAAAAAGAAGAGACCAAGACCGAUAGAUUCCUCCCUGUUCCUUAAAAGAACUCAUAAUUCAGAAACAACGUUCAUGGGGACACUUCAGGAUUGUGCCCCUGAUCCUUCUGAUGCAAUUCAGCUCGAGCCUGGUGUCAGCAUUGAAACAAACGGGAGAUUUAUAUCUGGUCCAGAAUUCGAGAAAACAAAUAGAAUGACUUUGAAUGAUUAUUACAUCCUUUGCCAAAAUAACAACGCGGACAAGGUGAGGUAUGAGAAAACAGGAAACGACUCACAGUCCAAAAUUCCUGGGGACAAAGGAGAAGAUUUCAUUUCUCAAGCAAGUGAUAGUAUCUUCAACCCAAAAGAAGGGAACUUGCUUGACGUCCAGAAGCUAAGGGCAAGCUCAACUUCGAAGAAAAGGCCUAAAACAGGACGAAAAUUAAUCACUAAAAUAACUGGGAACUUGGCUAAAGCUAAAAUACUGCAGGAAGAAGUAGUUGAAAAGAGGGUCAACUUUAAUGCUUCAAAGAAAAACAGCACUAUUUUCACGAAUCGUCCUGGAAGCAGUAAGAAGAGUUUUUAUAGCCCUAAAAGUAUCCAUAAUUCCAAUCUUUCACGAAUUUCCAAGCACCAUCCAGCACUAAAGUCUCGAAAUAUGAGGAUGGGUGUGAGGCCCCAGACUGCUAGGAAUUACUAUACAGACAAUAUAAAGAAGAUUACGGAAAAUAAAAACCAUAUGAGAGUUAAAUAAUCUAUUCCAAAAGAGGAAGCAUGAGAAGCCAAUCAAAGAGGCUGUAAUAAAAUACAAUGAGAUGGAAAAUCAAGAGAAUUCAGAUGCACAUAAUUUCUUGUCAGGAAGCAGAGCACAUAGCAGGAUGAGACCUGGUACUGCAGUACAUAAAGGACCUAUCAUUCCUGAGCAUGUAGUAUCAGCUUUUGAUCAAUUCAACAGAGAUAUCUUGGAUCAUAAAGUUCCAAACGAGUCUGUAAAGCGAAUAAAUCUAAAAUCUACAUUUAUGAAGACUUCCAGAGUACAUUCUGCUAGAAGGAAUCCAAACGGGACUAUUCCAAAACCAAGAAUCAGGCCAGUUUCCUCAGCAAAAUCUCUCAAGACUGUCACUAAUUCACCUUCCAAAUUCAAAAGAACUCCUAAAAAGUAAGAGGUGGCCUAAAUAAUGG